AUGAUGCGUUGUGUUGCCGUGCUGUUGGCGUAUGUUGUAUAUGUACAAGCGGCUCUCUUUGCGAGCCAUGGCCGUGUGGUGCGAUUGGAUGCAUCCAACUUUGACAAGGAGGUGUUGCAAAUCGAAAAGCCUACCAUGGUUGCAUUCACCGCGCAGUGGUGCGGUCACUGCAAGAACCUCGCGCCGCAGUAUUCGCGUGUGGCCAACGAGAUGGACGGUGUUGUGAAGCUUGCGUACGUCGACUGCGAGGACAGUGCAUCGCAGUCGCUGUGCGCCAAGUACGGCGUGCAGGGCUUUCCCACACUCAAACUCUUUCCCGCAACCAAGAAGCGGCUUCCGCGCGACUACCAAGGCGAGCGCACGUCGCGUGCCAUCAUGGACCAUAUGAUCGAUGCGCUCCCUACCGAGUCUGUGCGUCGCCUCGAGGCCAGCCAGAUUGCCUCGUUUGUAGACAAGAAGCGCGGCGAGCCGAAAAUAGUGCUCUUCUCGCCCAAGGUCAAGUCGUCCUCGCUGUACCGUUCGCUUGCGCUCGACUACCGCGAGCGGAUACCGUUUGGGUAUGUGUACACGGGAAAACCAGGCGUGUUUGAGGCGGCAGAAAAUGUACUGGGCGUUAAGCUGAACGAAAACACGGUCCCGGCGCUGUUCCUGAUCGACGGACAAGCGGGCGGAAAACGGGUGGAAAAGUACCGCAGCUCGAUGAAGCACCGCAGCAUCUCUUCCUGGGUCGACAAGGUUGUGUACGGCAAGGAGCCCGCGGCUCCCCAGGAGCAGCGCAAGGCAGAGCGCACUUCGGAGUCCGCCGCGCCAAAGCCCAAGGUGUCGGCGCGCCCUGGCAUGAGCGAGGAAGAUGUCGACGCCGCGAUCAAGAUUGGCGAACGCCUCGUGCGCGAGGAGCACGAGGAGACGGCCAGGAAGCUGGCCGAGGAAGAGGCUGUCGCGCGCGGCUCGAUGGAAGCUUUGCGGCGCGCGCGCUCGAAACAAAAACAGAUGCCGUUCGAGGGCCAACAACAGGCUGAGGAACCUGUCAGCAGCGAGAUGCUCAUGGACAAGCUCCAGGAUAUGGUCGGGGACAAGUGGGGCACGUUGCUUGCGCAGCAUGCACUCAAGGCGCGCAAGCUUGCCGAAAAGAUCGUCCAAGACGACCCCGCCAAAGCAUUCCAGGCGACCGAAGCGGCAGAAGCGCACCUGAGCAAGGCACUCUCGGCUGACAUUGUGCACCUGACCGACCAGAUUCGGGCGGGUGCGGACGAUGAAGGCUACCCCCUCACUGCAGAUAUGGAAACGACGCUGAAGGGCCACUUGGAUAUGUUCCAGGGGAUGCUGCGCACCGUCGAGGCACGGAUCGAAGCGCGCAAGAGCGACAAGACGGAGAAGGAGUAUGCCGAUUCGAUCCUCGCUAGGUACGAUCUGUAG